AUCCUUUUCCAGCAAGAAAUCCAUGUCCCUCUUUAUUUCCUCGCUCUUUACUACUACGCUCCCCUUCUCACUCUCCCAUCUCUCUUUUUCUGUUUUCUUAGCUCUCUCUCUUUCUUUCUUUAUUUCCCACCAGCUUUAUCUCUCUCUUUCUCACGUAUUCUAUCUCUCUCUUUCUCACAUAUUCUUUGCCAUCAUAUACUCAAAGAGAGAAACAGAAACAGAAAGAGGAACAGAAAAAGAAAAAGAAAAAGUUUUUGUGAUGGAUUUUCCAGUCUCAGAAACCAAGCCUUCGACCCCAUUAUUGUCUGUAGCAGCAAGCAGUAGCAGCAGCAAUAGCAGUAACAGCAGUGAGACCGAUGAGAGCCCUGUAACAUCCUUUCGUUUCGAGCCCCAGGAUGUUAAGUAUCAGUUGUCUUGCAAACCCUCACCCGGGUCUUACUCGUAUCGAUCAUUGGCAGUUCUUUCAGGCCAUAUUGGCUCGGUUUCUUGCCUGGCCUUAUGUGGUGAAUUCAUAUUGAGUGCAUCACAGGGCAAGGAUAUUAUAGUUUGGCAACAGCCUGAUUUGAGGCUGUUCACAAAGUUUGGACAAGGGGAUGGCUCUGUGAAAGCCCUUGUAACUGUUGGGAACAAGGUUUUUACAGCACACCAAGAUAGUAGAAUUAGAGUUUGGAAGGUGUCAAGAAGUUCAGAGAAUGUGUUUAAACUUUCUGACACUCUUCCAACUACUAAGGACUAUUUGGGGAGGUUCAUGAAGCAAAGCAAUUAUGUCCAAACUAGGAGGCACCACAAGAAGCUGUGGAUUGAGCAUGCUGAUAGUAUUUCUUGCUUGACAGUCCAUAAUGGGUUGAUUUAUUCAGGGUCAUGGGAUAAGACCCUCAAGGUGUGGAGGCUAUCAGAUUUGAAGUGCUUGGAAUCAAUUAAGGCACAUGAUGAUGCAAUUAAUGGGUUGGUGGCAAGUAAAGGGAUUGUGUAUUCUGCUUCAGCUGAUGGGAAGAUUAAAGCUUGGGGCAAGGAGGGGAAGAAUUCACAUGCUUUAAAAGGAAUUUUGGAGGGUCAUAAGGACGUUUCGAUUAAUUCAGUUAUAGUUUCCGAGGAUGGAAAAUGGGUUUAUGGAGGAGGGUCAGAUGGGUUUGUGAUGGGGUGGGAGGGGAGCAUGAAUUUUGUGAGUUGGAAAUUGGUUAAUAAGACAAAAGCUCAUCAAAUGGCUGUUCUAUGUAUGUGUCAAAUGGGGGAGUUUUUGUGCAGUGGCUCUGCUGAUAAGAGUAUUGGUAUAUGGAAAAGAGAGGCUUAUGGUAAGCUUAGUAAAGUUGGGGUCAUAAGUGGCCAUGAAGGUCCAGUCAAGUGCUUGCAGGCAUCACCAAGUAAUAUUGGUGGCGGGUUCUUGCUCUAUAGUGGAAGCCUUGAUAAAAGCAUAAGAGUUUGGUGGGUUCCCAAGAAUACUGCUAAUAGAGAUGAUCAUGAUACCUCUUCAAUGGAAAGUGCAGUGAAAAGUUCAAGUAUCAUGUUGUGUUAGGAAACAAUUUUCAUGGUUUUUGAGUAAUGAAGCACUGGUUCCCUUUUUUCAGUGUCUGCAGUGCUUCCAAAAGUGGUCCUUGUAGUUUCAUAUUGUCCAUAGUCAUACAAAUAUCAGAUUUGGUGGAGAAUCAAGUGCAAAAAGAAGAGGCAUAGCUGAAGGCUUGAAGCCUAAAUUGUGUUAGAGUCUGUUUUUUUGGUUUGAGAUUUUAUUGUGUUCAUAGGAUAUAAUUUAGGGGAUAUGAUAAACUGGGGUGAUAUUUAUUUGUGUUUUUGUUUUUUCCUUCUUCUUUUUUUUCAGUCUCUUUACAAUGUGUAAACUUAUUGUCAAAUGUAAUUAGGAUUCUAAGGAAUCAUUCAAUUGGGAAUCAAAUAUAUUCUUUGUUGGUUGCAUGAUUAAUAUUAUGUUGCA